AAGAGACAGGACGCGUCUUGGAUCACAAAUAGGGAUGCAGGGCGCAUGCGCACUGCUCCCCGUUUACUGUAUGAUAUUCGCCGUGGUGGAAAAAAGGGGAGCAGGCAACAAUCGGGAUUUUUUUUUUUUUUUUUUUUUUUAAACCAGCGUGGGGCAAAAAACACGACGAAAUAAUCUCCAGUGGAUGUGAAAACGGACCCUUACCAACAGGUACGGUUUGGAUCGAUCGCCUGUGAUCGCCCUCUUUUAUUUAUUUCUUUUUUCUGCAUUUUUUUUUUUCCCUCCUUGGAAGAUUUUGACAUGAUUCUGGUCUCGUCGACGCUGUUGUAUUUGAUCUAAGCAGUGACAAAACACUGGGAUUGCUUCAUCGUCCGCUACUGCUGCGUUGCUUCAUUUGACAAUCGAAGGAGGCUUUUUUUUUUUUGGGGGGGGGUUUUUUUGUUUUGUUUUGUUUGUUUUUUCAAUAUAAAUAAACCGUGUGAUGAGACAAAGGAACAAAGGAUGCCUUAGAGGAGAGGUUGCCUACAUGCCCGGAAUCCUCCUCAAAGCCCACUGCCGCAGCCAAAUGGAUCUAAUGCCUCCUCCCGCCGCCGCCGCCGCUGCCUCCUCCUCCAGAUCAUGAUACUAGGCUGAAGCUAUCCCCGCUUAUCUUUAUGAUCCCUCCUCCAUCUAUGGCGAACUAUAGCCAUGCAGGGGACCACACCAUCUUGCAGAAUGUCUCUCCUCUCGCCACCUUCCUCAAAUUGACCUCCCUGGGCUUCAUCAUCGGCGUCGGCGUGGUCGGGAACCUCCUGAUCUCCAUCCUGCUGGUCAAAGACAAGAGCCUGCACCGAGCGCCUUACUACUUCCUGCUGGACCUGUGCGCCUCCGACAUCCUGCGCUCGGCCAUCUGCUUCCCCUUCGUUUUCACCUCGGUCAAGAAUGGCUCGGCGUGGAGCUACGGCACGCUGACGUGCAAGGUGAUCGCCUUCCUGGGCGUGCUCUCCUGUUUCCACACGGCGUUCAUGCUCUUCUGCGUGAGCGUCACGCGCUACCUGGCCAUCGCUCACCACCGCUUCUACACCAAAAGGCUGACCUUCUGGACGUGCCUGGCCGUCAUCUGCAUGGUGUGGACGCUGUCGGUGGCCAUGGCGUUCCCGCCCGUGCUCGACGUGGGCACGUACUCGUUCAUCCAGGAGGAGGACCAGUGCACCUUCCAGCACCGCUCCUUCCGGGCCAAUGACUCGCUGGGCUUCAUGCUCCUCCUGGCACUCAUCCUCCUGGCCACGCAGCUGGUUUACCUCAAGCUCAUCUUCUUCGUCCACGACCGGCGAAAAAUGAAGCCGGUCCAGUUCGUGCCCGCCGUCAGCCAGAACUGGACCUUCCACGGGCCCGGGGCCAGCGGGCAGGCGGCCGCCAACUGGCUGGCCGGAUUCGGUCGGGGCCCGACUCCGCCCACUUUGCUGGGCAUCCGGCAGAACAGCAACGCGGCGGGCCGCAGGCGUCUCCUGGUGUUGGACGAGUUCAAAACGGAGAAGAGGAUUAGUAGGAUGUUCUACAUCAUGACCUUUUUCUUCCUGGCGCUCUGGGGGCCUUAUCUGGUGGCCUGCUACUGGCGGGUGUUCGCCAGGGGCACCGUGGUGCCCGCCGGCUACCUGACGGCCGCCGUAUGGAUGAGCUUUGCCCAGGCCGGGGUCAACCCGUUCAUCUGCAUCUUCUCCAACAGGGAGCUGCGGCGCUGCUUCAGCACGACGCUCCUCUACUGCCGAAAAUCCAGGUUACCGAGGGAACCCUACUGCGUUAUAUGAAGGUUUUUACCGCCCCCCCCCCCUCACCUUCACUUUCCCCCCUCGAUUGAUCACAUCAAUCUGGGCUUUUUCCUCAUGUACAGCUCUCUUUCUCUCUCUCUCUCUCUCUGCUAGCUUUCCUUCUUCUCAUCCCUCCUUUCCAAUCACUGUUGGCGAUCGCAUCCGAAAAAAAAGGAGGCCGCAGGAGUACAACAGGGCGGUGUUGAUCGCCCCUUGUUGUUUCGUACCGCGUGGAAGGCCAUGCCCGUGCAGAGAAGCAAAAAUUAAAUAAAAACGACAACGCUUUGGAUUUUUUUCAAGAUGCAUUAUUCUGUGAGGUGUGAAAUACAAGAAAACGAGAAAAAAAGAAUACAACAAAGAAAUGAUACCUCUCAAGGAAUCACUGGAAAUGUUUUGCAUUUUUCAGAGUUGCACUACUAAAAAGAAGAUGUAAAGAUUUUGGUUGCAAAGACAACACUCUUUUCCCCUCCUUUUUCUCCAAACGAAACGAUGAAUGCUUUAAUUGGCAACAGACUACACACACAAAAAUCGCUGUAAGUAAGGCAAACGUGUUGGAAUUACACCAUCACCAGUGUAAUGUAAGUGGUAACUUUUUUUUCAUUUACCAAGGGGUGGGAUGGGGGUCUUAAAAUGGGGGCGGGAGGAUUUUUCUGACGUGUGAUUUUUUGACGUUUCAACUAGAAUGGAUUUCUCGUAGUUUUCUCGAUACGUCCCUUAAUAGUGUCUGCCAUUGUUAUUUUCUUAUCACCUUUUACAGCGGGGAGGGGAAGAAAAUGCUGAUUUUUCUUUGAAAAGAAGCUUUUGGGAACAAACGUGUGCUUAAAAAAAAAAAAAGACAUUUGAAGAUAAAUGUGUCAUCAUAUCCAUGUACCCUCAACACUACCAUAUUGUUACCGAUGCCACUCCGGAUGUUCUUGCCUUAAUGGUUACAAUGCUAUUGUCAUCUUGGUUCAUUCAAUGCACUCCGUGUCCUUCCUUGGAUGCAAGGGUGAAUUUAUUUAUUUUGAAUCACAUGAAGUGCAUGUCGAUUUUUUAAAAAGCUGGUCCACUUUUUUUUUUUUUUUUUUAAUUUGUUUGAUUUUUUUUACUCUGCAACAGUUUUCUGUGCUCAGAGCACAGGCAAUGAGUGUGUGUGUUUGUGUUUGUGUGUGUGAGCACGUGCGUGCGUGUGAGAGUGCAUCAAACAGUCACUUCAAGACCAGAGCCUUAGUAUGAUAUCUUGCACAAUUUGUAAAAAAGUCAAAACAAAACAACACAAAACAAAAAAAAGAAAAAGACAAAAAAAAAGGGGGACAUUUAAGGCACACAGUCUUGUUUCUACUUUCCCUACAUUUGCUCUCGAAUGAUUGUUUUCAAUUAUUUUUUCUCUCUCUUCUCUAUCUCUUGUGGCCAUUUUUUUUGAAAACAAUUACUCUGUUCCUUUUUGUAAAUUAUAGAUGGUGUGUAAGUAUGUGAGUCUUUUAUUUACUUUUUGGAGUCCCGAAUGUGAGUACGGUUUCAGUUAGGAUUGCAUUUUGCUGAAAGUUAACUGUGUAACCUGUUGCUUUUUUUUUUUUUCCAAAAAUAAUAAUAAUAAAAAAAAAGAAAGUUUC